AAAAUUGCUCCACAAAACUAAGAAGUCGCUCUUUGCUGCUUUGAAGCCUUGUUAACCAGCUCAACACAAAAUACAACGUUGACUCGACUUGAUCAUCUUCUGGAUUGUUCCUACGCAGCAUUUUCCAUCUCCUGCAUUCACUCUCCCUCCCCUCAUGUCUGCACUCCCCCACUUCAUCACUCUGGCUCCACAUCUCACUCUCUCCCUCUCUCUCUCUCUUUCUCUCUCUCUGUCUCUCGCUCUGUCACAAAUCGGCGCCAGCGUAGAAGGACCUCAGUCCCGUCUCCCGUUCCGUCUUAGGCGCAAUGAAAACAUAAGGAAGAGUCAAAAGAAGUGUAUCGGGGCGGCAGAUGAAAGCAGGGAGGAAGACCUGCAGCAAGAGGACAUUCAGAGGAAUACCAGCGGCGUUUUACUCGGCGCUCACCGUCUCUUUCCUUCCCAUCCCCUCCUCCUUCAUUCACUACCUGUACUCUGGGAUUAGCACGACUUAAAUUCCAAUCAGCCCCGCAGCCCGAGCGACGAGCGACAGAGGCGGCAGACAGAGCGCCGCAGCUGUCCAGGACGAGCCAGCCGGAGGGUGGGGGGGGGUGCCGGCGGGAGGGGAGAGAGAGUGACGGCCAAGAGGAGGGGAGAGACGAAGGGGGGCAGAGGCAGAGAGAGAGCCAUGGGUGUUGUUCCGCCGCCGAGUUGAGGGAGCGCGAGCGUGUCGCGAAGAUGGGGAUGUGACGGCUUCGCUGGUCGCAGGUGGAAUGGUUGGGAAGGCAAGGUCAUCACGCCCUCUCGCCAAGGUCACAGAGUCACCGGCCGACAAAUGAGGCGGGGGGGACGGCGAGCGCACAGGAGACCGCCGUUGACGCUCCGCGGAAGUCGAGCCCGGAAUUAAGUGGCGCGAGAAAGAGGAAGUCCACGCGUGAGGGAUGGAACCGCGAGAAGGCGAUGAAUAAAUAACCGAGGUAACUGUCGAGAUGCGUGAGGAUGCGCAGGCCAGGAAGAGAGAAACACGUCGCUGCCGUCUGGAUUCCAGUGCGGGCCGAACUGAAGCCUUUAAGAAAUAGACAUCCGAUGCCGCCGCAAGGAAGUCGUAUCAAAAGGGCCUUUAAGAGGAUUUAAAGCCAAGUGGAUUCUUGGAUUCCCCCCCACCACCCCUUCUUCAAAGUGAGGUCUCCAUCUCGGAAUAACGGGCCAGGAUUGGUCGUGUAAUUCGGAAUUUUCCAGGUUCUCUCUCCCUGAUGUAGACGCUUAAAGAGGAUAUUGUGGACAUUUCUCAAACCUGGCUGGCUUUCGCAUAUCUUUUUGAUGUGGUGAGGUGAGGAAGGGACCAGGACAGGUUGCGACACAAAUCUUAUUGAACGCCCAAGCGGCACAAAAGCACCCGGGGGAGAUGUACUGAACACACACAACAACACCCAUGCGCACACACGACAGCAACCUGGCCAACAUGUGGAGCUGAUUCUAGUUGUUAAGCACAGACAGAAAAGGUCUGUGGAUAGCCUGGCUUUCUACCAUGCCUGCCCCCCCAACCCUAAACCCCAGCAGACAGAAGCACCCGCCUCACACGCAUCGCCUCCCCGAUCGACAGGCAAAGGAGUCCACCUUCGCUCCGUCCACCCUCUCGCUUCCUCGCGCCCCCCUUUUCGUCUCGUCUCUGCCCUCCUCGUCCAAAGUCAUCCCCUGCGCCUGCUUGGGAGCCUCAAAACGAACACCUGCGAGCGGCAUCCAGUUCCCGGCUUUUCACUGGCUCACCCUGGUCACGUGCUGCCUGCUGCCCUCCCUGAUCGGAGCGGGAGAGACGUGGGGCGUCGUGUCGGCCUGCCCUUUCCACUGUGUGUGUCGGAACCUUUCCGAAUCGCUCAGCACGCUGUGCGCCGACAAGGGUCUCCUCUUUGUGCCCCCGCACGUCGACCGGCGUACCGUCGAGCUGCGGCUGGCUGACAACUUCAUCACGGAGGUCGGGGGGACCGACUUCGUCAACAUGACCGGACUGGUCGAUUUGACUCUGUCCAGAAAUACCAUCCACCUGAUUCGCCCGAUGGCCUUUGCUGAUCUGGAGAGUCUCCGCUCCUUGCAUCUCGACGGGAAUCGUUUAACAAUCGUGGGCCCAAGGGACCUGGCGGGAUUGGUGAAUCUCCAACAUCUGAUUGUUAACAACAAUCAGCUGGUCAAAGUGUCAGUGCAGGCGUUUGACGACUUCUUACUCACGUUAGAGGAUCUCGACAUGUCCUACAACAACCUUCGAAAGGUACCGUGGGAGUCCAUCCAGAACAUGGCCAGUCUGCACACACUGAACCUGGACCACAACCUCAUAGACCACAUCGCGGAGGGAGUCUUUGGAGAAUUGUACAAGCUAGCCAGGCUAGAUAUGACCUCCAACCGGCUCAGGACCCUGCCACCGGACCCCCUCUUUGCAAGAUCCCAGACAGGUGCCAUAAGCCCCACCCCUUACAACGCUGUCAUCAGUCUGAAUUUCGGGGGGAACCCGCUGCACUGCAACUGCGAACUGCUCUGGCUCCGACGACUUGUUCGCAGUGAUGACAUGGAAACCUGCGCCACGCCCCUCCACCUUGCCGGAAGGUACUUCUGGUCGAUUCCCGAGGAGGAGUUUACAUGUGAGCCCCCCCUCAUCACCCGUCACACGCACAAGUUGUGGGUUCUGGAAGGCCAGAGGGCCACCCUCAAGUGCCGCGCCAUCGGAGACCCGGAGCCGGUGGUGCACUGGGUCUCGCCGGACGAUCGCAUCAUCGCAAACUCAUCGCGGACCAGCUCCUUUAACAACGGCACCUUGGAUAUCUUGGUGACGGUGGCCCGGGACGAUGGGGCGUACACGUGCAUCGCCAUCAACGCGGCCGGCGAAGCGACUGCCACCGUGGACCUGAAAAUAAUCCCCCUCCCUCAUCGGGGCGGAGCAGGUGGCAACACGGGGAAGAACAGCGUGAACAAUAAGAGCAACAGGAAUGUAACCAAUGGGAUUUUACGAACCGAUCCGGGAUCCUCGGAUAUCAGCACGGGGAAAAACGGCGGGAUGAACAACGGCGCGGGGCGCGCGGGCGAGCUGGAGGAGGAGAAAAAAGGUGCCGGCGAAGAUGAAGAGGGUGACGGAGGCGGGGCGGCCGAAGGGGAGCGGGACGACGACGACGGGGCCACCGAGGAUGACGACGGAGACGAAGAAGACAGGCGGACGGUCGGAGUUCAAGGGAUAACGUCCACUUCCGCUCAGGUCCGCUGGGAUUUGGGACGUUCGCCCGGAGCGUACGUUGUGUGGAUGUACCAGAUACAAUACAACUGCACGGCCGACGAAACCCUCAUCUACAGGAUCCUGCCAUCCACCAGUGACCGCUUCCUGCUGAAGAACUUGGUGUCCGGAGUGGAUUACAACUUGUGCGUGCUGGCCAUUUACGAUGACUCCAUCACAGCGCUGGCGGCGACAAAAGUGCUGGGCUGCACCACGUUCUCCACCAAGGACGUUUACCCGGCCUGUAGCUCCCUGCAGGCUCACUUCCUGGGAGGAACGCUGACCAUCUUAGUGGGCGGCGUGGUGGUGGUCACCCUCCUGGUGUUCACGGUGGCGUUGAUGGUUCGCCACCGCGUGUGCGAUCACUCUGACCACAUCCUGUGUCGCGAUAGCAACGCAGAGGUCGGAGGCGGGCUUUGCGGUCAGGGGAGCGGCGUGGCGGCACGGGAUAAAGGAGGAGACGGCGGUGGCUGCUACCAGUCCAACGGCGCCGGUGACAUGAUGAUGGUGGUCCUCCCGAACGGUCUGCCUUCCAAGAGAACGGGGGAGGGCGAAAAGGACAAGGAACCUGCAGAUUGCGCUUCUUCUCAGCCGCCAAAACUGCCCCCGAAGCCGAGGCUCAAGCCGAAGGUCAACCUGGAGCAGUUUCUUUCGGCGGGGGGCGUGGUCUCCACCACGGCGGGGGCGGGAGGGGAGAUGGCCUUGGUGGUGCGGCAGCGGAAGCCGGACAAAGCGCCGCCGUACAGCGCGGAAAGCGACAGGACUCUGAUCGACUACCCCGCCUCCAUUUCAUCCACCCUGCCCCGCCAGUCACGCUUCAGGGAAGGCCCCAAACCGCGUCUGGAGCGAGAGCUGACCAACCGCGCCAGUUUCUCCCUGGCGGCACCCCUGAGAGACUCCGAUAUGCUGGCCUGGAGGAUGACUUCCCCCGGCCGGGACAAAUGGAACUCCUCUCAGGCUUAUCAGAGCCCCAUGUCCCCUCUCAACCCCGCCCGCGGGACGGUCAGCAAACGGCGCCACUCGCUGGACAUGGGCUCCUCCGUCGCCCUAGCGACCGACGCAGCCGCCACCGUGGCCAAACGCUACGGCGCCAUCAGCUACGCCAAGCGGCUGAGCGUGAUCUGGACCAGGCGCAGCCAGUCGCUCCACGGGAUGCUGGUGCAGUGCGCCUCCACCACCACCAGCACCGGCUCUUCCGCCACCAGCGACGAGGGCGAAAGCGCCGGCCCCUUCGGAGCGCAAUGCGAGUUUCAACGCGGAUACAUCCACGCCUACAACACAACCAACUCCAACUCCAACUCCGGGGUGGCUACCGGGAGGGGAGGCGCCGGAAGGGAGAGAGCGAAGAAGGAUGGGAGGAGCGCCGAAGAGCUGGAGGAAAGCGUGGUGUAAAAAUGCCAGCGGGAAAGUAGAGACUGCAAAUGACGGAAGGAAGAUUGUAUCUGAAGAUGAAGGAGGGACAGGACAGAGAUUGAUUUCAAGACACAAAAAAAAAAAUCUAGUCAAUAGCUUUGGGGCGUUUAUGGCAUUCAGGUCAACAGAGCCAGUCAGGGGAAAAAAAAAAAGUUCUCAAGAUGACAAACAAUCGAAGAGGUGAGGAGAGAACAAAGACGCCGGGAAGGGUUAAGAGCUCAGCGUGGAUCCGAGCAAAGCCUCGACGCUAAUAGAACCUGCCGCAUCCCACGCAACACCGCAAAAGGGUUGCACUGGAUCAAGCACCGUCACAGAACUGGAUCAACACUGCAGGGGGGGAUGACGAGAGGGGAGAAAAAAAAAAAAACAACAACUACUCCAAAACGCUUCGAUGUGGCUGGACUUUGUCAAAUUGUUUUCGGACUCGGCUCAACAAAGAAUGUGACUCGCGUACGUCCUCUGUGGCUGCUGAACUUUGGCCGGCCAUGCGCCUUCGGAUUAUAGGAGCAUCAAUGCCGAGCUGCGCGCGCUGGCCGCGAUCAAUCGAUGCGCGCCGGCGCGAGCACGGACGGACACGAUGAAACAACGGCGGGCAUACAAUGCAGUCGAUACGGAUUUACAAAAUGGCGGCGGCGUAGGAUGGAACUUUUCCUGGCGACACGAACUUGCUCUGCUGCUUCUGGUGUGCAUGCGAAGAAGGAUCGCGGACAGGAUGUGUGUCACUGUGCCUGUGUGUGUGUUUAUGUGCGCCUAUGUGAGCACUUUUAGAGUCCAGCACCUCUGUUCCUGUUCCACGUGGGGGUAUUUUUUUUUUUGUUUGUUUUUUUUCGCAACACGCAGGUGUCUGUGAUUGAAAAGUGACGACACUACACUGAAUUCAUCGUUAAUUUCGCAGCCUGGACUGAAAGUGACCCAAUGUGAGAUAGAGACGAUGUUUGGGUUGUUUUUGACACUUCAUUUGUGCCACGCGGAAUAUUUCCAACGAAACGGUGAAUGUUUUCCGAGCA